AUGUCCCUUCCAUGGGACAUACCCCUCGGUGAAGACGCGACUGGAAACCUCGUAUUUCAUUCUCUUGCCUCGCUCAUGCAGAUGAAGCCCAAUUCAAGGUACCCGAGAGGACACUCCAUCGUCAGAGCCAGUAUCCCGCCUGGGACGCUGCUGUAUCAUGGUCGAGGAGAUAGAGGUUACCCGUACAUGGACUGGCUCGCAUUUGAUCCGGAACACUCCCGCAUAUUCGCGAGAAGCGAGAACGGCACCCUCUUCACCUUCACCACUACCCACAAACUCAAACUGCUGUACUUCGAUGGCUGCAGUGCGAACGAACUCAGCGGCACGACGGAUGCGCAGGACAUCCUAGUCUGGGGAGAGGUUGAUCAUGGAAAGCCAUGGGACUGGCAGUCUCAGGUCGAUCGCAUCAACCAGACGUGCGCUUGGGGCAAGCCAUUUGGUGUGGACGGGUAUAUCAGAAUGGAGUUCGACUUUGAAAUCAUGUACUGCGACUUCUCAGAUGGGUUGGAACUUGUGUCCGCAAUACCUACAGUCAACGAGGGCGGCCGCCCUCCUCCGCACGGUCCGGACAAGCCAGAUGAUAGCACGAGCUCUGCACACACCGUCGUGAUACCUGGAUGGCCCUCUUACGACGGCCAGGCCACCUUUCAUGGCCUACACGUCCCCGGUACUGCGCAAGGUCACCAUUCUGACCUGCGCCAACCUCGCUUCCCUCCCAACCCGCCAGAGGGUUGGAAAGGUACCUGGCCUGUCAUGAACAACUCGAUACGGCACGCAGGAAGCUGGCACAACGACUUCCCGGGCGACGUCCGGGUGCACCCCGACCCCUCCACCCUAGCUGCGCGUCGCUCCGUGCGCCGCGACGACUAUAGGCCGGGCAACAUCUCCGCAGAAGACAUGGCCUGCGUGCGUUCUGACGUCGUCGAGAUGAUACGGCGCGAUCCCAGUGAGCGCAGCGGAGUGGACUGGCGUGGACUCGCAAGGGCCAUACAGGAUAGGUUCUCAGACCGGCUGCCGUACCUGCAAUAUUUGCUCCACCAGCCCGCGGCGAACGUAUCCGAACAGGUCAGGACGGUGCGCAAGCAGUUCAUCGUCUCCCUCCUUCCGUAUAUGCAACGCCCGGGGGUCGGCGAACCGGAGUGGUUCGCUCAGAUCGCUCACAGCUGCGCGACAAACUUCGUCACGCACCUGCCUGUUGAGAAUUUCACGAAGCAGGAGCGCAUCCUACGUCACGCCAUCGGUGAGGUUCUGCAUGAGAUUUGCCGUGUAUUGACGCUCGCAUGGACCGAGGCGUUCGACGUCGAAGAGAAGGGCUCGGACGUCGCCAUCACGUUGGUGGAGAAGUGGAAGACCCAGGUCGACGCGCUGAUCGAGUGGCUAGACUGGCCAGUGUGGUUGAAGUGUGAUCCGGCAUGUGGUGUAGACGAAUUCUGCUACGUGCCACAGCGAGGAGGGCCGUUCAACCCAGAGCCUGACAAGGACGUUGAUCAGACGCCACAGUGCGUCGCCAUAGAUAGUUCGUGGACUUGA